UGUCGGACUCUCUCUCUCUCUCUCCUCCGAACUUUAUCCUCUACCCUUUGGAGUGGAGUGACAGUCAUUCUCAAUUCUGGAUAUAUCUUGAUCACCACUGGACCCAAAAUUUCUUUAUUCGAAACCCUAACCCAUACCCUUUUGCACCUAGAAGAACUCGAACAUUUAUCAAAGAAUCUCCUUUACACUUCCCAAUAAUACAAUACAAAAUGCCCGAUCUCUUCUCUAACUUCCUCGGCUCUCGCCCCUCCAACUGUUUCUCUCUCUUCAUUCCGCGUCCUUCUUCCCCAAAAUCCCCACUCUUCUCUACUCUCCCAAUCCACCCAUUAUUUCACCCACGAAGAAGAAGGAGAAAAUCCAAUUUUCUGACUACGCUUUCCAAACCCACUUCGCCCACAGAUUUUGAGCUCAUUUCAAUCACCGAAUGUUCUGAUGGAAGCACGGUGUUCCGGUUCGGGGACGUGACCGGCGUUGAAAUAGAGGAAUCCAAUUUCGCAGUUGGAGGGUUGGUCACUGGAAGUAUAAAAAAUUCCAAUGUUGUGAAGGUUUUAGAUGGAGUUCAUGAGAGGCAGGUUAUAGUUAAAGAGAUAGAGAGAGAAGCAAGGGGAGAGAGCACAACUGAGAUGGCUGAUAAUGUGAAUAACACAGAUUUAGUUCUGCGUGCCACAGACAACGGUGCUAGUGAGAGCAAAAGUACUGUGGUUAUUGAUAGGAUCAACUCUGAAGCAGAACCGAAUGACCUAUUAAUGGACGAUACAGAAGUGCCUAUUUUUGAAGAAGUUCCAAUAGAGUCAAACAGUUCUUCUAUCUCUGAAGCUGCUCAUGGUUCUCAUAUCAAUGAGACUGAUAGGUCUAGCAUUAUUGACAUGGAAAAGGGUUUGCAUACUGUGGAAAAUUCUAUAGAGGAUGGUAAGCAAGAGAUUUCAAGUCCAGUCAAUCCUUCACAGCUGGAUAAAGAGAUUCAUGUUGAAAAUGGUGGUUCUGUUUCUGAGGAAGUUCUUGAAGUGAGGAGUGAAGUUGAAAUUGAAACCAUGGCUUCCUCAACUGCUUCCAAGCACAACUCUGUUCUCGAAAUUGAUAUCAGUUUGGCUUGCGAGGAAAGUGACAAGACGAAUAGUAAUGUUGAAGGUAAUUGUUUGACUAAGAUUGCUGUGAUGGGCUGCGAGAGAGAUGAAGUUAUUGGUGAAGGUAAUGUGAUUGAAACCAGAGGCAAUGUAAUCGGAACCAAACCCAUUCCAAUUCUCGAUGAGGGAACCAGUCGUGACAGGAUGGAAGAAUCAAUUGGCAUGGUCCGGAAUGAGAGCUUCAUAAAGCUGAAUGAUAGAGCAACUAAAGUGGCAUUGGAAGGUGGAACCACAAUCAACGACGCACAGAAAAGUGAUUUUGUAGAUUUGUCAGGUCACGGAGCAGAAGAAUCAGAAACAACUGUUGCUGCUGCAAACAGGGGGGAGAUCUCAUUAACAGGAUAUUUCCUCUCCUCUGGUGCUUCGCUAUUGCCACAUCCCUCUAAGGCAUCAACAGGUGGGGAGGAUGCUUAUUUUGUUGCUGGGAAGAAUUGGUUGGGUGUGGCGGAUGGAGUUGGUCGAUGGUCACUAGAAGGAAUUAAUCCCGGAAUUUAUGCCCAAGAAUUGAUGGAGAACUGUCAAAAGAUUGUCUCGAAUUGCAACAGUAUGCCACUACCUAAACCGGAGGAAGUUCUCAAUCAAAGUGCUCUUGGAGCGAAGUCUCCUGGAUCAUCAACAGUUUUGGUUGCUUACUUUGAUGGUCGGGCUCUUCAUGUGGCCAAUAUUGGAGACUCGGGAUUUAUUGUAAUCAGAAAUGGCGCUGUUUAUAGAAAGUCUUCUCCAGGGUCUCACGAGUUUAACUUCCCAUAUCAAAUAAAAAGUGGAGACGAUCCCUCGGAGCUUGUGGAGGUGUAUAGAACUGAUUUGGAUGAUGGUGAUGUUAUUGUUACUGCAACUGAUGGCCUUUUUGACAAUCUAUACGACGGAGAAAUAGCUUCAGUCGUCUCCAAGUCGCUGCAAGCCAAUUUGAAACCUGAGGAAAUAGCAGAAGUCCUGGCUGUGAGAGCACAAGAGGUGGGAAAAUCAGAAACUGGUAGGAGUCCAUUUGCAGAUGCAGUACAAGCAGCUGGAUAUGUGGGAUUUACUGGUGGCAAACUUGAUGAUGUUACCGUAAUUGUGUCUUUGGUCCAGAAGUCCUCCCACUGAGUAACGACAAUGGCUUUUUUCAUCUUCUUGUUUCUUGUAAGUUGUAGUCUGUAAAUGCUUUCAAAUCAUGUAAUAUAAUAUUUUGCUUGAUUCACAAUAUAGCAUGUUUUAACCAACAUUUGUCUAGACCUUUUUUCACACCCGAUAUGUUGAGGAUGUGUUGGGGACAUAGAUUUGUAGAUCGAUUUAAACAAAAUUACCGGAGCCGAAGAAAAAUAAAGUUCACUUGUUCGUUUUUGUCA